GCUCCGCUCUCCCUCCUUCCAUUCACCUGCAGUCCCGCCCCUCCCGGGCGGACCCGCUCGGCGCGAGGGCCUCUGGGAAGAGGCGGGGAACAAUAUGGCGGAUGGCGAGGAGCCGGAGAAGAAAAGAAGGAGAAUAGAGGAGCUGCUGGCUGAGAAGUUAGUGCUGCUGGGAGGCCGGGGUCCUCUCCGGAGACCCCCGCCUGCCCCUAAUCCCAGGCCUAGGGGACCAGCCGCAGCGGGCCCGGGGGUGCUGGGAGGGGGGCACCUGGAGCAGGCCGCGCGUCCUCACCCCUGACCCGGUCCCCAGCUCGAGCCACCGGCCGGCUGCUCCCUGGCUCUGCUCCUGCAAAAGCCACCCGAAUGGCUGUUGAUGGUGGGUGUGGGGACACUGGAGACUGGGAAGGUCGCUGGAACCAUGUAAAGAAGUUCCUCGAGCGGUCUGGACCCUUCACACACCCCGAUUUCGAACCAAGCACUGAAUCACUCCAGUUCUUGUUAGAUACAUGUAAAGUUCUAGUCAUUGGAGCUGGUGGCUUAGGAUGUGAGCUUCUGAAAAAUCUGGCAUUAUCUGGUUUUAGACAGAUUCAUGUUAUAGACAUGGACACUAUAGAUGUUUCCAAUUUAAAUAGACAGUUUUUAUUUAGGCCUAAAGAUGUUGGAAGACCCAAGGCUGAAGUUGCUGCAGAAUUCCUAAAUGACAGAGUUCCUAACUGCAACGUGGUCCCACAUUUCAACAAGAUUCAAGAUUUUAACGACACUUUCUACCGACAAUUUCAUAUCAUUGUAUGUGGCCUGGACUCUAUCAUAGCGAGAAGAUGGAUCAAUGGAAUGCUGAUAUCUCUUCUAAAUUAUGAAGAUGGUGUGUUGGAUCCAAGCUCCAUUGUACCUUUGAUAGAUGGGGGGACAGAAGGCUUUAAAGGAAAUGCCCGAGUGAUUUUGCCUGGAAUGACCGCUUGUAUUGAGUGUACUCUGGAACUUUACCCACCACAGGUGAAUUUCCCCAUGUGUACCAUUGCAUCUAUGCCCAGGCUUCCAGAACACUGUAUCGAGUAUGUGAGGAUGUUGCAGUGGCCUAAAGAGCAGCCUUUUGGAGAUGGGGUUCCAUUAGAUGGAGAUGACCCUGAACAUAUUCAGUGGAUUUUCAAAAAGUCCAUAGAGAGAGCAUCACAAUAUAAUAUUAGAGGCGUUACCUACAGACUCACUCAAGGGGUAGUAAAACGAAUCAUUCCUGCAGUAGCUUCUACAAAUGCAGUCAUUGCAGCUGUGUGUGCCACUGAGGUUUUCAAGAUAGCAACAAGUGCAUACAUCCCCCUUAAUAAUUACUUGGUAUUCAAUGAUGUAGACGGACUGUACACUUACACAUUUGAAGCAGAGAGAAAGGAAAACUGUCCUGCAUGUAGCCAACUUCCUCAAAACAUUCAGUUUUCCCCAUCAGCUAAACUACAGGAGGUCUUAGACUAUCUAACCAAUAGUGCUUCUCUGCAAAUGAAGUCUCCAGCUAUCACAGCCACAUUAGAGGGGAAAAACAGGACACUUUACUUACAGUCAGUAACGUCUAUUGAGGAACGAACAAGGCCCAAUCUUUCCAAAACAUUAAAAGAACUGGGACUAGUUGAUGGACAAGAACUGGCUGUUGCUGAUGUCACUACACCACAGACUGUACUAUUCAAACUUCAUUUUACUUAAGGAAAAUAAGUCUGCACAUAAUAGAAAAUCCAUAGAAAUAAUAUACUUUAUAAAUGGUAUGGAAUUGAAGAGCCUGGAAGAUGAGGCAGAGGGGAACAUCCAAGAAAGGAAAUUGAAUUGGUGUCAUUUUUAGCAUUAGUGUGGCUAGAAUUUGACUUUUAUAUAUAUACAUAUAUAUAAAAAAAAUGACUGACUCUUUUUUAACUUUAUAAGUUUCUCUUGAAGACUGAACUUUGGGGUUGGGCUAGUAAGCAUUUUCAUUUUAUUACUAUUGAAAGCUAUGCCUCCAGGAGAGAUUAUAAACAAGUGUGUUGCUUCUUUAAAGCAGGACAAACACUGUCUUUUGUGUGAGUUCGUUGUGGUCAAAGAGCAUAUUCCUCAGCGUGCAUUUGAAUAUCCACAUGUAUAGAAAUGUAUCCUUGAAUGGAAAUGAGGAAUUAUGUUUUAAGAACAUUAAAUAUUCACAACCUGACAUCUAGAGUAUAUCAAACAUAGGCAGUUUCUUCAUUACACUCAUAUAAUUGUGACUAUCCAUGUGUGUAUUAAUUAUUGCAGAAUUUAACUUGUCCAUGAUAAUUUGUAAACAGUAUUAGAGAUUCAUGCCUGUGCAUGAAAAUACAAAAUAUUUUCAUGUAUUUGUUUGCAAUGCCACAGAGACCAGUAUGCACAAAUUUAAACCAAGACAUGGCUGUUCAAGGAAAAUUAAUGUUUAAAUAGUUAUCAUUGAUGCUUUUGCACUAUUUAUUAAUAAAAUUGUACAUUGUCUACUUUUUAUUGAAAAACUUACAGUAUAUCAAUAAUAGUAAAUAAUUUUAUAGUGAUGUAGAAAUAAUUUUUAAAUGUUUACCAGUUAUUAUUACCAGACUUUUAUUGAGUUAAAUUUUCAAAAUUUUAUUAUAGUGAUUUCCAUAGUACAGACUAGGUUCAUUCGUUCUAACUAGUAAAUGAAAUGGAAAUGAUAUAAUUUUUAUAGUAAAGUCUCUCUCUUAGCAUGCCUUUUUUUUCUUCAAAAAUGCUAAAAUCAAGGUGGAGCACGAAUACUAAAAAAAUGCAGUUGUAAUGUUUUAAUGUACCUGAUUUUCAUUCUUUGUUUUUUUAUUUAGUUGCAAUUUUUUUUAUUCAGAAUGUUAGUGGGUGGAAUCUGUCUAUCUUCUUUCAUUCUGGUAAAGGAAUGAUGCAGGGAUAUAACUAGGACCCCCCAUGUUAGUCAAGUGCUCCAUCACAGAG